CUUCUUUUUCGAUUAAAAUUGUAAUAAUGAUAGAUAUCCGCAUAAUUCGUAUAGGCGUUGUUGAACGAACAACUCUGCGUUAUUUCUUCGAUUGAUUUCCUCUUCUUAACUGAACUUCGUUCCUUCAACACACGCUGCUUUUUUUCUUUUUUUUUUUUAUGGUUUCCUUGUGUGUGAUAAUACUGCAAAUAUUGCAAUUGCAAGAAUUAGGUUAUGGUUCUUCAUUCUCAUAACUGCGUGAGUUUAGAUUUGAGUUCCAGAAUGUAUUGUAAAGCUGUGUUUGUUGAUUCUUGAAUGCUGAAAUCGAAUUUUAAAGCCAAUGCAAUUUUGAAUAUGUAUACUUGUGCGUGCGUGCAUAUACAUAUACAUACAGAUGACCUUUGUGUUUCUUAUACACGUAGCAGUUAAAUUUUCGCAAGUCAAAAUUUCCUUGGGAAAGUUGCUCUUGUAAUGGAUAUAAUCUCUCAGUUACAAGAACAGGUUAACUUGAUAGCGCAUUUAGUUUUUAAUACCAUUGGUACAUUGCAAAGGGAUGCCCCUCCUAAUCGUCUAUCGCCAAAUUAUCCUGAACCACCCGCGCAUCCAGCGGAGGAUGGGGCAAAUUUUUCUGAACAGCCAAAGCAGAUGAGUGCUGCUUUGGUGAAGGCUGCUAAGCAGUUUGAUGCUUUGGUUGCAGCGCUUCCAAUAUCUGAGUCAGGUGAAGAAGCACAGCUUAAGAGGAUUGCUGAACUACAAGCUGAAAAUGAUGCAAUAGGCCAAGAACUUCAGAAGCAAUUAGAAGCUGCAGAGAAGGAAUUAAAUCAAGUUCAGGAUCUGUUUAGGCAAGCAUCAGAUAAUUGUUUGAACUUGAAGAAACCAGAUGUCAAUUAGUUACUUGUGUUCCUGGCAAGGUCAGAGACGAAUUAGGCUACAACUUAGAACCAUCUUAUCUUGACACAAAGCGGUGCCUGCUGCAGGAGGAUUUCCUUUUUUGCAUGAAGGCUUGGCUGCCUGAAAUAGCAGUAUUAUUUCAUAUGUUGUAACUUGCGUAUGACACAUACGUUUGCAAGAGCUGCGUAACGGUCAAGAUACUGGUAGUUAUAUUGUUCUUCCCGUAGGAAAGGCUUAUAUUCCUGUUAGGUGUUUUCAUCAAUACCAUCUUUGUU